UUUCCUCACAUGGAAGGAAUUUACAGCAGCUGUGGUAUUUUGCGAAAGAAAUCAACCCAAAAUGUCGGCACAUUUUGUCCCUCCUGUUAUUCAAGAGAAUCCCACUGGAUGGGGGCCGUGUGCAGUACCGGAGCAGUUUAAAGAUAUUCCGUAUCAGCCAUUUUCCAAAGGAGAUCGACUUGGAAAGGUAUCCGACUGGACUGGUGCUACAUACCAAGACAAAAGAUACUUAGGGAAAUACUCCUCGCAGUUUGGGUCAGGUAACCAGUACACGUACUACCAUGACCAGGAUGAAUCCUCGUUUCAGCUGGUGGAUACUGCACGGGCCCAGAAACCCAUCUACUUGCGCAACCGGAUGCGAUUUAAUCAGCCGCGCGCCGCCACGCGACGGGAUCGUGAGCGUCGCGAGCAACGGGGCCAGCAGGUCAACAUGCAGACCCUGACCAAGGCCCAGAAGGAGCGGCAGCGGCAGGUGCGCCGGCUGCAGAAGCAGUACGGCAAGGGCCGGCAGAAGUGGACCGACAAGGGCAACAACCGAUUCUGGAAGGCUUCGGGGCCGGUGAAGACACGGAAUGCCUCAGUGCAGGUUCGCAGUGAGUGGGAGGUCCUGGAGGAAUUAGACUUCCCUCGGCUCAACAAGCUCCGCUACCCAGACAUCAACGAGUCGGAGGACCUGUUUACUUGUGGAGAGAUGGAGUACUACGACAAGACCUUUGACCGCAUCACCACCAAGUCCCAGCGGAGACUGGCAAGGGUCAAUCGCAUCUUCCACAAGGUCACCACCACCGAUGACCCCAUUAUCAGAAAGUUGGCAGGCAAAGGCAAGGUGUUCGCUACCGAUAUCAUCUUGGCCACUCUGAUGUGUUGCACCCGUUCAGUGUACUCCUGGGAUAUAAUCGUACAGCAUGUCGGAGGCAAGCUCUUCUUUGAUAAAAGAGACGAUCCGGAAUUUGAUUUGCUGACGGUGAACGAGACCGCCAUCGAGACCCCUCAGGACGAGGGUAACCACAUGAACUCUCCCCGCAACCUGGCCCUGGAAGCUACCUUCAUCAACCACAACUUCUCCCAGCAGUGUCUGAAAAAGAAUGGCGAAAAGUAUAAAUUUGACAAACCCAACCCAUUCCAAGAAGACGAUGACUCAGAGGUGGCCUCUGUUGGAUAUAGGUACCGAAAGUUCAACAUCGGGGACGACCUUGACCUCAUUGUACGGUGCGAGCACGACGCUGUCAUGAUGGGUUCUGGUGGGGAGACACAAUUUAUCAGCAUCAAGACGCUCAACGAGUGGGACUCAAAGCAACUUGGCAUCGCAGAGUGGCGUCAGAAGCUAGACUCCCAGCGUGGAGCCGUGCUGGCCACAGAGCUGAAGAACAACAGCUUCAAACUGUCCAAGUGGACGGUGUGCGCUCUCCUCAGUGGCUCAGACCAGAUCAAAUUCGGCUACGUUUCCCGGCUGAACCCGCGAGACUCCUCCAAGCACGUCAUCCUGGGCUCGCAGCAGUUCAAGCCGGUGGAGUUGGCCUCUCAGAUCACGCUGAACAUGGAGAACUGCUGGGGCAUCCUACGCUGCAUAGUGGACAAGUGCUUCAAGCUCAAGGAGGGCAAGUACCUCAUCCUGAAGGACCCCAUGAAGCCGGUGGUUCGCAUCUACGACAUCCCGGACAACACCUUCAGCUCCGAUGAGGAAGCUGAAGAGACGUCCUCGGAAGAGGAUGAAGAUGAUGAUAAUGAUGAAGAGGCAUAAAGUCUAAAGAAAUUCCAUGGAGAUACUCGUCGGGGAUCUUCAAGUCGUCACCAGGUCUUGCAAAUCAAAUCUCUGCACAACACAAACUUUAUCCUCUCGUAUUGAGUUCCCAAGUCUCAUUUUGCCUUUGCUCCGGUAACUCUAGUUACCUUUCCAUGCAAGCCUCAAAAUGAAUUUUGAAAUUGUAAAAUGUGUGUCAGGGCAGUCCGGCAAGCUUUUAUUGUAAUCAAGUAGAAAGCAAAUUGUAUUUCUGUAGAGCAGGUCAAUAUUCUCAACUAAACAGUGGUACGAUAAACGUUUCUUCAUCAGAGCAUACAGAGGCAUCCUGAAUCAAGAUUUUCCUUUAAGAGACCGUCACAGGUAGACAGCAGUGUUUUGUAUGACAUCUGUGGCCCAGUUUAAUAUUUAUUUCAUCGAGAUACGAAGCUGUUUCAGUUUUUAUCACUUUCGUCAAUGAUGUAUGAGACUGCUAUUAGAUUGUUCAGAUUAGGAAGGUUGCAGUCCAGCAGUUCAGUUCAGUCAGCCUGUCCCUUACUUUCCCUUUUAUAAACCCACUCCACUUUGCGAAGUUGUAAUUUUGUUCCAGUCCCUUAAAACCAUCAGGAGUCAUGUAUUGUUAUUGAAAAGGGCUAGACAUUUCCAAGGAAAAAGCAAAGUCUAAGAGAAUUGUUUUAAACGAGUGGAUUCGGCUUCAACUUUGGUUAUGUUGGUUCCAGUCAGAGUUUGAACAUAUGGUUUCGAACACUGCUUCAAAAUGGCUGGAACCAGCGAAACCAAAGUCUAAGUGGAAUCCAUUCAUUCAAAAAACGCUCUGUGACAGUGGAAGCAGAGGUCAUAACCUGUCUUGUAAUAAGCCAUGUGCGAGUUAAAUUUGAAUAAAAUCUGGUACACCGAGUUAUUUGAUUUCACACAAACGUAAAAACUUUAAUUCCCCAGACUAAAGACGCUGUUGCUAUACCUCGUGAUUUGGGGCAUCUCUGGAAUGGACUGGUUCCUUUGU